GCAAGAGAGAGGGAGAGAGAAAAAAUGGAGGUAGAGAGGGUGCAACCCAUAGCUUCCUUGUCCAUUCCAGAGAGUAAGAGAGAAACAAUGGAGGUACAGAGAGUGAAAGCCAUAGCUUCUCUCUCUAUCCCUUCUGAGAGUAUCCCUGAUGAGUUCAUAAGAUCCGAGAAAGAGCAACCAGGCAUUACAACCUACCAUGGACCUGUUCCUGAAAUCCCAACCGUUGAUUUUAGGGACCCAGAUCAGGAGAAUUUGGUUCGUAGGAUAUCUGAUGCCAGUAAAGAAUGGGGGAUAUUCCAAGUUGUGAAUCAUGGGAUACCCAAUGAAGUGAUUGAGAAGUUGCAGAAGGUAGGGAGAGAGUUCUUUCAAUUACCAGAGGAAGAGAAGGAAGCUGUAGCUAGGAAACCUGGUUCGUCCACCAAUGAAGGGUAUGGGACAAACCUUAGGAGAAGUGAUGAGAAGAAGAGUUGGGUGGAUUUCUUGUUCCAUAAUAUCUGGCCUACUUCAUGUAUCAACUAUCAGUUUUGGCCCAAGAACCCACCUGCUUACAGAGAAGCCAACGAAGACUACGCUCAAUACUUGAGAGGGGUAGUGGAUAAGCUGCUGACGACCCUUUCUCAAGGAUUAGGGCUUGAAGGGAACAUGCUAAGAGACGCUGUAGGUGGAGAAGAACUGGAGUAUCUACUGAAAAUCAACUACUACCCACCUUGCCCUCGCCCUGAUCUGACUCUUGGUGUGCCGGCACACACCGAUAUGUCAGUCUUAACUGUUCUUGUGCCUAACGAUGUUCCAGGCCUCCAAGUUUUCAAAGAUGAUCGAUGGUUUGAUGCUAAGUACAUCCCCAACGCUCUCAUCAUCCACAUUGGUGACCAGAUUGAGAUAUUAAGCAAUGGCAAGUACAAGAGUGUGUUGCAUAGGACCACUGUGAAUAAGGAGAAGACAAGGAUGUCAUGGCCAGUGUUUUGCUCGCCACCUGCAGAGAAGGUUAUAGGUCCUCUUCUACAACUUGUUACUGAAGAAAGUCCUUCAAAAUACAAAACCAAGAAGUACAAGGACUAUGAAUAUUGCAAGCUCAACAAACUUCCCCAGUAGAACUCUCUACUAAAGAAGGAAAGAAAACAAAGUGUGCUUAUAAAA